AUGAAAGCUAUCAUUCUAGUAGGAGGCUACGGUACCAGACUAAGACCACUAACACUAACGGUCCCCAAACCAUUAGUCGAGUUCGCCAACAGACCCAUGAUCCUGCACCAAAUUGAAGCCCUUGCCCAGGCUGGUGUCACAGAUAUCGUCCUUGCAGUGAAUUACAGACCGGAAGUCAUGGUCUCCACUUUGCAAAAAUACGAAAGGGAAUUCGGUGUCCAUAUCACUUUCUCUGUGGAGGAGGAACCCCUAGACACGGCGGGUCCCUUGAAGUUGGCUGAGAAGACUUUGAAGAAGGAUAAUUCUCCCUUUUUUGUCCUGAACUCUGAUGUCAUUUGUGAGUACCCAUUCAAGGCAUUGGCCGAGUUCCAUAGGGCUCAUGGCGGCAUGGGGACCAUCGUGGCUACCAAAGUGGAUGAACCUUCCAAAUAUGGGGUUAUUGUUCAUGAUUUGAAAGUGCCCAAUUUGAUCGAUAGGUUCGUGGAAAAACCUAAGGAAUUCGUAGGGAAUAGAAUUAAUGCUGGGAUUUAUAUUUUGAACCCGGAGGUCAUUGAUUUGAUCGAAUUGAAACCAACUUCCAUUGAGAAGGAAACUUUCCCCAUCUUGGUCAAUAAGAGAUCGUUGUAUUCUUUCGAUUUGGAAGGUUUUUGGAUGGAUGUAGGACAACCAAAGGAUUAUUUGGCUGGUACUGGUCUUUAUUUGAAAUCAUUGAGAAGAAAAAACCCAGCUUUGUUAUCUGCUGGUGGUAACGUAUUGGGUGACGCGUUAAUUGAUCCAACCGCUGUUAUUGCUCCAAGUGCAAAGAUCGGACCCGAUGUGGUCAUUGGUGCCAAUGUAGAAAUUGGUGACGGUGUAAGAAUUGAGAAAUCCGUCGUGCUAGCAAAUUCUACUAUUAUGGAACACUCGUUGAUCAAAGAUACCCUUAUUGGAUGGCAUUCCACUGUGGGGAGAUGGUGUCGUUUAGAAGGUGUCACUGUAUUGGGUGAUGACGUUAAGGUGAAGGACGAAAUUUACGUCAAUGGAGGGAAAGUUUUGCCACAUAAGACUAUCUCUGUUAAUGUCCCACAAGAAGCCAUCAUCAUGUAA